AUGAACAUCUCUGCUCUUCUGACUUCUGCUGGUAUCAAUAUUACCCUGUCUGUGGCGCUUUUGUGGUUGUAUUCCAUUUUAAGAAAACAACCAAGCCUUGCAAAUGUGUACUUCGGGCAUAGGCUUGCUCAGGUACGAUCAAAACACCACAAUCCUUUUUGCCUUGACAGCCUUGUUCCUUCUGCUAAUUGGAUAGUGAAGGUCUGGGAAACAUCUGACGAAGAGAUAUUUGCUACUGGCGGGUUGGAUGCAGUGGUUUUUCUCAGGAUGGUUGUUUUCAGUACUCGGAUCUUCUCCAUUGCUGCUAUCAUGUGCUUAUUUCUUGUGCUUCCCCUGAAUUAUUUUGGGCAAGAGAUGCAGCACAAGCAAAUCCCUUCGGAGUCACUGGAUGUAUUCACCAUUGGGAACAUCAAAUUACGAUCAAGAUGGCUAUGGGCCCAUUGUCUCGCACUAUACGUUAUAUCCUGCUGUGCUUGCAUUCUUCUUUACUAUGAGUACAAAAGCAUCACAAAGAUGAGGAUGGCAUAUGUUAUGGGCUCUCGUUUGAAUCCAAGUCAGUUUACAGUUCUUGUUCGUGCAAUCCCAUGGUCUUCAAGAGAAUCAUACAGCACUUCUGUCAGAAAAUUCUUUGCAAAUUACUAUGCAUCUAGUUUUUUGUCGCACCAAAUGGUUUAUCGCUCUGAUACAGUCCAGAAACUGAUGAUAUACGUUCGUAAAUUGUCAUGUCCAAGUAUUGUGGUGGUUACUAAGAUUCUUUUAGCUUCAUCAGAGAGUGAUGCAGAGAAGAUAUACAAGAUGCUUAAGUCUAAUCCUAUGGAUCAGCACUGUGGAUUAAGUUUCAUGAGAUGCGGCCUUUGUGGAGGAACUGCAAAAGCUUUUAAGAUCCUUUCUAGCGAACCAGAAAGUGCAAAUGGAAGACGUGAAUUUGCCAAUCCAGAUUUGAGAGAAAAGGAGUGCGCUGCUGCAUUAAUUUUCUUCAGGACUCGCUAUGCUGCCUUGGUUGCUUCACAGGCCAUGCAAUCAUCAAAUCCCAUGUUAUGGGUUACAGACCUAGCUCCAGAACCAAAUGAUAUCCAAUGGACAAACCUUUGUGUGCCAUAUAGGUUGCUUUGGAUCCGUAGAACCACAACUCUUCUGUCAUCUAUUCUUUUCAUGGUUUUUUUUCUUGCACCCGUGACAAUCGCUCAAGCAACAGCUUUUCAGCAGCAAGAGGAGGUUUUCUGCCUGAUCCUGAGUGCUGGCAGGAUCAACAUCAUGAACUUUUAUGUUAGGGAAGAUUUUGAUCCAGCUGGUUACAGGGUAUCUACCAAGUGUGAUAUUGAUGCUAUUUCUAUUUUUACAGGGACUGCUAUUGAGCGUUUGGGAAAAAUUUCUAGCGCAAAAAGCAUACCUAAUCAACUUUCUAGAGCUGUACCAUCCGCGGCUACCUUCUUUAUGACUUAUGUUUUGACUUCUGGCUGGGCGAGUUUGUCAUGUGAACUCAUGCAACCUUUUGCUCUUCUGUGCAACUUAUUUGAUAGAUUCUUUAUCAGAAACAAGGAUGAUCCAUCUUAUGGCUCUUAUUCUUUUCCAUACCACACAGAAGUUCCAAGGGUCCUCCUUUUUGUCCUUCUGGGAUUCACCUUCUCUAUAUUGGCACCUUUAAUAUUGCCCUUCUUGCUGGUUUAUUUUUUCCUUGCCUAUCUCGUCUACCGUAAUCAGAUUCUCAAUGUAUAUAUUACUAAAUAUCAAACUGGAGGACUGUAUUGGCCUAUUGUGCAUAAGACAACAAUCUUCUCUUUGGUAAUGACCCAAUUAAUUGCUCUGGGAAUCUUUGGAUUGAAAGAAUCCACAGUUGCGUUGGGUUUCACCAUUCCACUGAUUAUUUCAACACUCCUUUUCAACGAGUACUGCAGGCAGAGGUUUCAACCAAUAUUUAGGAGCAACCCUGCACAAGUUCUUAUUGAGAUGGAUAGGACAGAUGAGCAGUGCAGAAGGAUGGAAGAAAUUCAUCAGCAAUUGCGUUCUGCCUAUUGCCAGUUCACAUCUACUUCCUGUAAACCAUAUGAAGCUGUGGAUUUGAAUGCCAAUGAAAAUCGAGAUGAUGACAGGCUCCAAGACCCCGAAGACAUGGCACUAGGAGACAAAUCUCGGGCACAUGGAACGCAGGUUGAAUUCUCGCAUUUGGGAAUUGAAGAAGUAAAUAUGAAGUAGAUUGAGCUGUAUUCUGAUGCGCACAAUUCAUCGAUUACAAAUACACGAUAUGACCAUAAUUGCGAAGGUGCUUGCUAGAUGAAACUGCUUGGAACAAAGAACGUAUGUAGAGAUACUUUCGAAGUCUUCACAGAAGCAGCGUGGGUGACUGUUGACAGUAAUCAAGGAAAGGCGGACAAUGAAGCUUUCUUUUUUCCCCCUUUUCUUCAUUUUCUCUCUCUCUCUCUCUCUCUUGUAGUUGUAGAAGAAAUAAAUUCAUCAGCCCCCAGUCCCAUUAUUCUUGAAUAUUUGUUCUGGCUGGUAUGCUCAGUCCACAGAUUCAGUGAGCUUAAUAGAGCCUGCAUUUUAGG